UGCUUGCAUACACGUACAAGCGUACAAAUCCAAGCCAAAUGUCAGCCGUAGCCGCAUGCACGUUAGAAAGCGUCGUACUACACGUGUGUUGACGGCGCAGACCAGUUAUGGCUCCAACGAAAGAGCAUAAAAUGCGAAAGAAACAGCUCAGCGAGGUGAGCGUCGAAGAGUUCAUGGCAGGAGGCUUUUUCUCGGACUCAGAAGAUGACCAAGCCGCGACAGCAGGUAAACCUAACGGCAAGCCUGCUAGUACUGACCGGCUGUCAGCAGCGAAACAGAAAAGCCCGCUCAAACGGAAAAAACAGCGCUCUAUGGGUUACGAUGCAAACCUCGAAGCGAGUGGUGAGGACGAUGACAAGCCGGUGCUGAAGAAGCCGCAAAAGCUGAAGGCGAAGGUAGCCAAAACAUUAACGAAGGUGGCAAAAAAAGACGAACCAUCGGGCCAGAAGCAUGACACUUUUGCAGCAUCCGAAGAAUCGGAUAGUUAUUCUGACGCUGACAACAACCAGAGCAGCGAAGACGAGUCCGACGUGGACAUUGAGAAGCAGAAGGAAAUUGUCCGCAAGCUCAAGGAUACCGACCCCGACUUCUACCAGUAUCUGGAAGAACACGACAAGGACCUCCUCGACUUCUACACCGCCGAGGGGGACGAAGGCGAAGCGGAGGAAGAGCCCGACGAAGUGCCGAAAAAGAAGCAACUGCUCAAACUCGAGGAGAUCGAUCGGUUCGAGAGAGACUUGCAGACAAAACCCGAGCUGCGCAAGAUCGCGGAAGUGGUCAACUGCUUUAAGGCAGCCGUCUUGCAAGCAGAGGGACACGACGUCGGCGCCGAGUCCAAGAAGCAGACUAGUACUUUCAAAGUCGAAGGGCAGGUCAUAUUCAACGCCGUCGUCAAGCUUUGCCUCAGUGAUCUGGUUCCUGCUCUGCACAAAGUACUGCGCCUACCGGAGCCUGCAGUGGUUCAGGACGAGUCGAACUCGUUUGACCCGACCAAAAGUCACAGCUGGAAGAAGGCUUCAGCUGUCGUAAAAACAUACCUCAUGAACGUUGUCAAGCUCAUCACUGCGGUGACUGAGCCACAGCUUGUAUCGGUGCUCCUAAGACACAUCUUAUUUUUGGUUCCAUACUACGUCGCCUUCCCACAAGUCGCCAAGGCACUUCUAAAGCGUCUUGUGCAACUUUGGUGCGAGGCGGAAGAAAGUGUUCGCGUUGUCGCUUUUGUCUGCCUUGUCCGCACGAUCCGCGGCCUUCCGCGCAACUACCACGACAUUGUACUGAAGCACAUGUACAUGUCUUACGUGCGGAACUGCAAGUUCACCUCACCAACAACGUGGCCACUCAUCAACUUCAUGAAGCGUUCGCUUGUUGAGGCUUACUCUGGAGAUGAAGCCCUGGCCUAUCAGCAUGCGUUUCUCUACAUCAGGCAGCUUGCCAUUCACCUCAGAAACGCUAUGACAGUUCGGAAAAAGGAUACCUGCAAGGCCGUCUACAACUGGCAGUACAUCCACUGCUGCCUCCUCUGGUGCCACCUGCUGGCAACAGUGUCACCGAGCAAAACGCUUCAGCCUCUCAUCUACCCACUGGUUCAAACCAUGAUCGGCACUAUUCAGCUGAUUCCAGCAGCGAAGUACGUUCCAUUGAGGUUCCACUUGGUUCGUGGCCUCAUGCAGCUGUCGUCCAGCACGGGCGUGUUCAUCCCAGUCAUGCCGCACCUUCUGGAAGCGUGCACAGUUGUCAACUUUGGUCAGAAGCACUCUGCGACAUCAAUGCGGCCUCUGGAGUUGAGCUGCAUGUUACGCAUCUCGCCGGCACAAAUGAAAGAAAGUGGCUUCCGCGACGCCAUCAUCGAGACGUUUUAUGAGCUUGUCCUGGAGUACCUGUCCAGUGUGUCUCAUUCAGUGGCCUUUCCAGAGCUGGUUCUCCCAGCCUUGAUCUACCUGAAGGAGUUUUGCAAGAAAUGCAAGGUUGCAAACUACACAAAGAAAGUGAAACAGCUAAUAGAGAAGAUGGAAGAGAACUACAAAUUCAUUGAGAAUCGCAGGACGAGCUGUAACGUUGCGCUUGGUGAUGUGCAAGGGCUUGAUAACCUCGAGCAGAGAUGGAAGCAGGAAGGGACGCCCUGGAGCAGGUUCUACGAGCAGUGGAGCAAGCUGCGAAGCCAGAGGCAGGAGACCGCCGUCCACGGGAAAGUGCUAACAAAGCUGCCAGAAUCUGAGUCAGACUCCGAUGAUGGCAGGCCAAGACGGAAGAAGAAGGCAGCAAAGAAAAAAGAAGACCUCAAGAAGAAAGACAUACUGACAAGCACAGACAAGGAGCAAAAGAAGGAAAGUGCUGUGAGAAGGGAAUAUUCUGAAAUAGCUGUUGAUGAUGACACUGACAUUGUGCAGGACAUGGCCCUGUCCUCAACAUCUGAAGAGGAAGAAGCAAGCAGCGACGAUGAUGAUUUUGACGAAAGUGAUUAAUUCAGCAUUGUCACCAUAGUAAAUACCUUUUUAAAGAGACUCAAGAAAGUUAUUUUCUGGGCAAGGAAACCACAGGGGUGACCUUAUAGACAGCUUAAAGAACAACUGCAACGAAAUUUAGUUUCAGGUAGUGUAGACAUAAAGAAGCCUAUGUGCAAAGCACAAAAAUCUAGCAAAAAUAGCCAGUUUUGAUUCCAGAACUGGAGAACAACACUGCCAGAAGUGAUACAUGACCCAGAAUGUGCGGUUUCUCGGAAUGACUUCCAAGAUAAGGCGGCGCUUGUGGCUGCCAGAGAUGUGCUGAAAAGUUCCAGAGGCGGCAUACUGGAACUUUGGUCAUAGCAACAACCAUUAGGUGCAUUUGUCAUCUGCUUAGGCUAUGUUUAAAGGCUGAUAACAUGAAAGCUACAGAAUUAUCAACCCUGUGACUUUGCCAAGAUUUCUUCAUUGGUAUGUACUACUCGUCUAUGACAAAUUUAGCCUAAGCGAAGUUUUGUUGCAGCUGUUCAACUGCCCUGCAUGUUCUGUUAAUAGAUGAAACAAAGAGAAAAUGCUGCAAUAUACAUUUGUUGUCCCAACCGGUUGUAGGAUGGGGUUUAAUGUUCCAAAGGAAUGCUGGGGUUAUAUUAAAGAUGAAGUAAAAGGCUUCAGAUUAAUGUUGACCAACUCCGGUUCUUCAGCAUGCGUGCACAGGCGGGAAAACGGUUGCAGGUAAAGAAAGAUAGACAGCCCUUGGAAAGUGUAAUAUAUACCCGCAGAAUGCUAAUUGCAUUAAAGUUACUGUUCCAAUGACUAAAGCAUGGUAUUUGAAAAUAUUUGCAAGUCAGUCAUCAGCAGUAUCCUAUUUUAUGUG